AUGAAAAGAAGAAUUGAAUUCAUAUCCUUUACGUCUUCAAUUUUUUUCUUCUGCUACUGGUCCUCCUUAGUCUGCGGCUGCUACUGCUCCUCCUUAGUCUGCGGCGGCGCACCAUCAUCUCACCCUGAUCCUGCUAAUGGAUGUGCCGGCAGCCGGCGGAGUCAGCUCCCCAACGCUCUUGCUUUGACCCCUCCAAUGGGGUGGAAUAGUUGGAAUCACUUCCAUUGCAACAUAAAUGAAACGAUCAUUAGGCAGACCGCUGAUGCUCUUGUCUCAACUGGUCUAGCCAAGCUUGGAUAUCAAUACGUGAAUAUAGAUGAUUGCUGGGCUGAAUCAAAACGUGACUCGAAGGGUAAUUUGGUAGCCAACAAGAUUACAUUUCCAUCAGGAAUUAAAGCUCUUGCAGAUUAUGUUCAUGAUAAGGGCUUAAAGUUAGGAAUUUAUGAAGAUUCAGGGUUUCGGACAUGUGGUGGGGGAAUGCCAGGUUCCCUUCAUUAUGAAGAACAAGAUGCUAGAACCUUUGCUUCAUGGGGAAUUGACUACUUAAAGUAUGACAAUUGCUAUAAUGAUGACACAAGGCCAACUAUAAGAUACCCUAUUAUGUCUCGUGCAUUGGUGAAAACAGGACGUCCUAUCAUCUUCUCGAUGUGUGAAUGGGGCGAUAUGCGCCCAGCUUUAUGGGCUCGUAACAUAUCAAAUAGUUGGAGAACUACCGAUGACAUUUCAGAUUCAUGGGGAAGUAUGCUAAAUAUAGCUGACAUGAACGAGAUAUACGCCGAUUAUGCUGGACCUGGUGGCUGGAAUGAUCCAGACAUGCUUGAAGUAGGGAAUGGUGGAAUGCAUUACAAGGAAUAUAAGGUGCAUUUUAGCUUGUGGGCCAUCUCUAAGGCACCCCUUAUAUUAGGGUGUGAUGUACGGUUUCUGACCGAUGAAACUAUGCAAAUCAUUGGUAAUGAGGAGGUGAUUUCAGUCAAUCAAGAUAAACUUGGUGUCCAGGCAAAAAAAGUAAGAAAUAGUGGAGAACGACAGACAUGGGCAGGGCGUCUUACGGCUAACAGGAUAGUUAUUUUACUAGUGAAUCGAAAGCCAUAUGUUUCCACAAUGACAGCUCAUUGGGAUGAUAUUGGUAUACAGGAUGACAAUGUUGUAGUCCAAGCAAGGGACCUAUGGGAGCAUCGUACUUUAGAGACGACAUUUCAAGGCAAGUUGACAGCAAAAGUGGAUCCUCAUUCCUGCAAGAUGUACGUGCUAACACCCGUCUCUUGACUUAAUUUUAGCAUAGAAAGAAAUGUAAUAUGCCAAA